UUAAUUAUGGCAUUAUAUGUGUGAAAGGGCAGUCUUGGUCGUCGGACUGAAAUGAGAAUGUUUUGAAAUCAUAUCCAGCACAUGCACAGCUUUCCAGGUGCAUCCUGACUUUCUCCUGGUUUCUCCUUCAUCUUCAUCUCAUUCUUCUCAGAGAGCCAAUCAGAGCGCGUGUACCUGCAGGAAGUUUGACCCGUUAUUCUCCUCCCUCACUAAUAACCUCCUGCUUUACUCAUCGCGCAGCCCGACAAACCACAUGGAACCAGGAGCUGCAGUACAGGAACACUGACACCGGUUUACUCAGCAGAAGUUCGUCUUCAUCUCCAGUCAUGCAGUUCCAGCACUCUCUGUACGCCCCGACCCCCGUGCAGCCGGUUCACCCGACACCCUUCUACAUCGAGGACAUUCUGGGCAGAAACACGUCCACGUCCAGUCCCGUGGUACCGACACCGACUCUACCAUCUCACAACUCGUGUUUCACCAGUUUGAUACCCUCAUACCGGACCCCGAUCUACGAGCCCACGCCGAUCCACCCGGUUCUGUCCCCGCACGCCCUCACGGCCACAUACGCGUCCGUAUACCCGUUCCAGCGCUCCAUGGGAGACUUUACCCACGCACUGAUCCGACACGACCCACUGGGUAAACCUCUCUUGUGGACUCCGUUCAUUCAGCGUCCUCUUCAUAAGAGAAAAGGGGGACAGGUUCGGUUCUCUAAUGAUCAGACCAUCGAGCUGGAGAAGAAGUUUGAGACGCAGAAGUAUUUGUCUCCUCCAGAGAGAAAGAGACUCGCCAAAAUGCUGCAGCUCAGCGAGAGACAGGUGAAAACGUGGUUCCAGAACCGUCGGGCGAAAUGGAGGCGACUGAAACAGGAGAAUCCUCCGAGCGGUCAGAGAGAUAUCGAGGACGGAGGCGAGCAGAGAAACUCGGACAGAUCGAGUCCUGAUGUGAUGCGCAAACGCGGCGAGCUGGAGUCAGACAUGUCCGAUGAUUCUGACCAGGAACUGGACAUUGAAGAAGACACUUAACAAACGAUUAUGUACUCAUCAUCAGCAUUGUAAAUACUGUAAAAUAUUGUACAUUUGUCUACUGUAAUAGAAAAUAAAUUAAUGGAUGUGUAGAUCUCGGUUUAGCUGUGAAAUGUAGCAGAUUUCCGUGUGGUGGAGUGUAAAUAUUAUUAUUUUUUUCAAUAAACAAUAUUUUGGGGAUAACAAAACUAUCAGAUUGCAUUACACGCACCACAUUUUUGCCUUGUAGACUUCAUUAUAUCAUUAUAAUACAUUAAUAAAUCAACUGUCCACAUUAAAAGUACUCAAAAAUAUUCCUGGCAAAAUUAAGAUUUCAUUUUUAAAUUUCAAAUUGUUAGAUUUAAAUAUGCCUAACUUUGCUAAGUAUAAAAUUAGUUUAAUUAACGCCAAAUAGCCUAGUUGUUUAAAACUUGAAUUAAAAUUCAAUUUUAAAAGCUUACUCAUUAUUUUGAAUUAAACACUGCAUAUUUAUUCUGAAUUUAUAAUAUGUAAGCCAUUUAAAAAUAUCUCAAAAUUUGUCACAAUGUAAAAAAGCCCAAAUCUUAAAUAUUUUUUUUGAGUGCUUGAAUUGUAAGAAGAGAAAAUGUCAAGUGUUUAAACAAAACAGUGUUUUAUAUCAUUUAAAUAUAGCCUAUUUAGAGAUGAAAGAAUAACAAAUAUUGAAAUGGUUUCAAAGUGCAUUAUUUGACCUAUUAAUUCAGCAAAUGUGUCUCCAGAUUGGGACAAUAGGGACAUGAAAAAUGAUCAUUUGUUAGUGACUAAUGUUAUUAGGUUAGUCUUUUAUCUUCUAUUCAUUGUAAAGAAUCCUUCUGAUAGAGUCAUCAUGUAGCAG